CCGGGCCCGGCCCAACAUGGCGGCGGCGCCGUCUCCAUGGCGACGCGCCCCGCGCUCCGGUUGCCAUAGCAACGCCCACGCCGUUCCCGCGGCUGCGCGGCCCCGCCCCUUCCGGGCUGCGGCGGCCACGUGAUCCCCUCGGUGCGCUCGGCGCGCGGCUCCCCCCGGCGGCGGCAGCGUGACCGGGAGUGACCAGAGUGACCACAGAGUGACCGGGAGUGACCGCAGUGACCGCCGGCAGCGACAUGUCCACCGCCAUGAACUUCAGCAGCAAGAGCUUCACGCCGCGGCCGCCGGACAAGGGCGCGUUCCCGCUGGAUCACUUCGGGGAGUGCAGCGCCUUCAAGGAGCGCUUCAUGGAGUGUCUGCGCCACAGCGGCUACGAGAGCGCGGCCUGCCGCCAGAGCGCCAUGGCCUACCUGGAGUGCCGCAUGGACAGGCAACUUAUGGCUAAUGAACCACUGGAAAAAUUGGGAUUUAAAGACCUGAUAAAUGAGAAAUCAGAAGAAAAACCAGAAAAGUCAUGAUGAAGACCAACAGCUUUACUCCUCAUGAGGGGAAGGCAUAACUCUGAAUGUAGUACAUAUUGUACAUUCUGUUCAUAUUGCAACAGGAAGUGUCUGCUGAAAGGACCUUUUUUCCAAAGUUUAAUUUUCCUAAAAUAAGAUUUUUCUUUAAAUGAGCAAAUGUACUGCCUUUGUCUGCUUUGCUCAAGUAUUUCUUAACUUCUUUCUUUUAAUUUCUCUGGAGGCAAAACAGGUACAGCCCAAAGUGUUCUCCAUGUUUCUGUAAGAACAGUGAAGUCUUAUUUUAAGAAGACAAAACCCAAACCAAACAGUCCUUUAUUGUGUAGGUCUUGAGCUACUAAUUAAGCUUCUGUGGGCAGUACUGGGAUGCUCACAUCAGUUACUUGCCAGGUGGAAAUAAAGCUGUUAUUCUUUAAAAUUGCUUUUUAUUAAAUACUGGCAUUAGUCCCUGUCCUUGGGGUGGUCCCACCCUGCUGUGGAAGACAUUGGGUCCUGUGGGGGUACUUGGGGUGUGGUGCUUUUUCAGUCAUUUCAUCUUCCAUCGUUGUUGGGAGAGUAUUUCUAGUUCCAGGCACCUGUCAGGGAGUGAUUCUGCUUUUAUUUACUGUGCCAGCAGUGUUCACCUAAUUUUUCAUCAUUUAACUGAGAAGAGUGGUAUUUCUCUUGCAUGUUCUAAUGCAGCUGAAGUCUUUCUUAAUUAACGUUGAGUUCAAGCAGAAAUAAUUUAGCCUAUUAGCCCCUAGAAAUGUGUUUCAAGCAAGCAAUAAAUUUGUAAAUCUUCUGAUGUGUUUCCCACUGUAUGUUCUGCCCUGUUAUCCCUGCUGCUGUGUUUUUGUUUUUCACCCAGUGUAUCUGGCUGUCUCUGCCAAGGCAGUUCUCUAAAGCUUCCCUGGUUAUUUGGUGUCCCCUCUCUGAUACAUCUCACUUUCCCUUGCUGUCUGCUUUUGCUUUUGCCUCUCUCCAUUGUGCAUCUGCUCAUACUGAGUUCCAGGGAAGGGUGAAAGAACAUUUUCUGCUCUUCAUACAGAUCAUUGGGGCUGAGAUUUAAAUUGUCUCUCUGUCUAAUCUGAUGGAACAGAGUGCAUAUAGCUCAGAGCAGGUUCCUGUUGAAAAGGACAUUUCCCUGCUGCUGCAUAUUUUUAUUCCACUUCAUUCUGCUGUUCAAAUUAUAUCCUUUGGUGAGAUUAGUACAUUUAUAGGAAAGAAAGCAGAGAUUGUAUUGCUGCAACAGAUACUAAAAGACAUCAUAUUAAACCACUGAAUA